AUGCCCUCUCUCGGUAAAGAAUCCUAUUUUCUUAUUGUAGUGUGGUAUGUGCCUUGUCUAGCUUCACUUGAGACCAUCCAGGAAUUAUGUAGGAAGGAAAAUCUCACAUGUAAAUCCCUUGGAAUCACCAACAGGAAUCUAAAGAGUUAUGAGGUGGAAUAUUUAUGUGACUACAAGGUAGACGAGGGCACAGAGUACUUCCUUGUGAAAUGGAAAGGAUGGCCAGAAUCCUCAAAUGCCUGGGUUCCUUUGAAAAAUCUUAACUGCCCACUGCUCCUUCAGUACUUCCACAGAGAUAAGAAUGAAUAUUUAUCUCGGUUGAAGCGAGGCAAAGCAAUAAUAUUGAAAAACCAUAUUAAAGCUUUGAAACCUGUAGUAGCACAGUACAUUGUAAAGAAGGCUAAACAAAGAAUAGCUCUACAGAGAUGGAAGGAAGAACUCAACAGGAAAAAGAACCAUAAAGGAACAAUUCUUGUAGAAAACACUGUGGAUCUUGAGGGCCCUCCUUUAGACUUUUACUAUAUUAAUGAAUAUAAACCUGCUCCAGGAAUAAAUGUAAUGAAUGGAAUCACAACCGGCUGUGAAUGCUCUCAUUGCCCUGCUGAAAAGUGUUGUCCAGAAGAGGCUGGAUUUUUCUUGGCUUAUAAUAAACGAAAGCAGUUAAAAAUCCAACCAGGCUUACCUAUCUACGAAUGCAACUCAUAUUGUAGAUGUGGUCCUGAAUGCCCUAACAGGAUAGUACAGAAAGGCACACCAUAUUCUCUUUGCAUCUUCAGAACUAACAAUGGCCGUGGCUGGGGAGUAAAAACCCUUCAGAAAAUUAAAACAAAGAGAUUUGUGAUGGAGUAUGUUGGAGAGGUGAUCACAAGCGAGGAAGCAGAGAGACGAGGUCAGCUGUAUGACAACCAAGGAAAUACGUACUUAUUUGACCUGGAUUAUGACUCAGAUGAAUAUACAGUGGAUGCAGCUCGAUAUGGAAAUGUGUCCCAUUUUGUGAAUCACAGCUGUGAUCCAAAUCUUCAGGUCUUCAAUGUUUUUAUUGACAAUCUUGAUCUACGUCUUCCUCGGAUAGCGCUGUUUUCUACAAGAACCAUCAAGGCUGGAGAAGAGCUCACCUUUGAUUAUCAGAUGAAAGGAUCUCUAGAUGUGACUUCAGACUCCGAUGCUGUCAGCCCAGCAAGAAAGAGGAUCAGAACUGUGUGCAAAUGUGGAGCUGUGUGUUGCAGAGGGUACCUCAACUGAAUUCAGUAGCCAAAGUUGCAAAUACAUUAAAAAAAGAAAAAUUGAAAUAAUUUAUUUCAGGAAGACUAUUGUUCUAGUUCACUUAUACGUACGAAUUGCAGUAUUUUUACAUAUGAGUCAAUAUAAUGAAAGCAAAGCAUUAUAUUUGUAUUUGAAAAUGUCAUUAGCCAAAGAGAUCUGAUAUUACAGCUGCUCUGAAGUAUGCAGACUGGCUACAUGGAUUAAAAACUAGAUCUCCUUAGAAUUAUUUGCACACUGUGGUUUAGGAGAUGAUGGAGGUGCGUGUUAAUGUGAAGUCAAAGUUGAAUAUUCAAGUCUGUGUAUGACUCCUAGUCCUACAACAAGCUGAUUUCAAUACGAGGGUGUUCCAUGUCUUGAGCCCUAUAAAAUGGAAAUCCACUACCACUGAUGUACUAGAAAUCAUAGUGGAUGUAUCAUUUUUCUUAGUUUCCAGAGGUAAUAGUGAAACUUUGGGCCCUGAUCCUCCGUUGGACUGUCCCGCCAUUAAAUUCUGCGUAGGUAUGGAAGUUCAUAGGCAUAAACUCACUUAAAAAACCGCAACUAGUUCUUAUGUCAAUGGAACUUCACACAGGCAGACUGAUAGUGUUAGCAGCUGCUGGAUACAAGAUUUGGUAGUUAUCACUGAAACAACUGGUUAAAGUUUGAAAGGCAAUAGACAGGAAUUGAGAAAUUUCUCUAAUAUUUCUUUCAUGAACUUAGUGCAUUAAAAUACUUAAAUUUAUGCCAUAUAACUGUAUCCUGGGAAUGUAAUUGAAUCAACAGCUGUCUUAUGUUACAAACUUUUACAUAUUGUGAAUUUUUUUCUACCUAUCUAAUGGUAGAAUUAAGCCAUUUUUUCCCGUUGUAAUAACAAACUUCAGUGAAGUUACAUAAAGGGUGAAUUUGCCCCAUUUGCUGUAGACAGUAGUGAGAUGUUCUUUGAAUCUUGAAUGUAAAACGCUGAAAAACUUAUUGUUCUUCAGCUUUUUGAAUAUUUUUCUGUUAAGUAUCUAAUAUUUUUGAAGAUUAUUGAAAAUGUGGUAAUGUAUGCUAAAUUGUUCUUGACUUCAGAGAAGCAUACAACAGCAGUUAAUAUAGUUGUAGAGUAUGGGUGGAACCACAAACUAACUGUACUCCAUGGUCAAAAAAUCAAUACUUAAUUUCUCAUUGAUUGUAAACAUUGCCUAUUUCUAGAAAGUGAUGUAUCUUUAAGAGGAUCAAGCAUAACUGUAGCUCCUCAAUAGACUUUUUGCUGUAUAUUAUGAGGUCAGGUAUAUACUUUUAUAAGAGAUGCUGCUGUUGGCUUGGCUGAUUGAGAUCAAUUAUUCAGCAUAUAAUUAUCUAUGUGGUUUAUUAAAUAUGCCUUAAAUUUCGUGUUAGUUAUUGGCACAGCAAGGAGAGUUUUUGAAAGACACUCAUUUGUUAAUUUAAAAGCACAAAUGUACUUGAACUGGAGAACUGGCUUUGUAUAGGAUACUGAAAUUUUGUACACCAUAGUUUAUCAAUAAUUUUUUGAUUGGGCAUACACAUUUGGGGCUACUUAGCAAAGCACAAAGCUAGGUAUCUACUUUAAAAGUAUAAACUUUUCAGUUUACAAGCAGAGUUUUAUAUAGUUUAAUGAACAGGAAACUUAUUGUCUAGGUUUAAUUAUAUCUAACAAUACCAUGCUCCCUAGAGUCCCUUCUUGAGUGAAACUACUGCAUCUAGUCAUUUUAAAGGUAUUAUUAUAGAAUUAGUCGGGUAUCUCCCACAUCAGUAUUUUAUAAAUCUCAAGGGAAAGUAAAUGCCUUUUUUAACAUAAAAAAUGUUUGAGGCAUUUCCUUUCACUCUGUCCAAGUAAUUCUUGAUUCCCUCCACUAUUCCCCCAGGAACAAGUUGUAGAACUACAGAAACAACUCAGCUGCAACCCUCUGGCUGCUGCUCUAGGCUUUGGAUUGAAAGAGUGAACCUUCAACACCCUUUACCUUGACUCCCUAUUCACGGCAUCCAUUUGCUCCUCUCCACAGGGCUUCCCCCAAACUCCCUCUCUGCAUUACACAUGAAAGGCCUCAGACACCUUGGUUGGCUGUUCUGCUCUUUCCUUUUUAGCCCCAAUCAUGAUUCAGUUACAAAUAUCUACAUUUUAAGUAGAUGAAGUCAGUAUGUAUCGCCAGUACAUAAUGACCACUGCUAUUCUUCAGGGGCUGUGUUCUCUCUCCUGCAUUUCAAACACAGGACUCUGAAUUUGAAUCUUAGCAGGUAACAGGAAAUUACUAGAUACUAAGUCUACUGCUGUAUCCUGUUACUAAUUUAGGACCUCAAACCAUGUUGUGUAUUUACCUGUUUACCAUGAUUUUCAGUUUGCCUUUGCUAAAUGGGUCAGGUUUUUUCAAUUUGAUAGUCUUUUAAAAUGUGACAAUUUUCAGUUUCAUAGCAAGCCUGGGUUUCCCUCCCUUUAGCUUUUUCUGAUAUUGUUUGUUGGUGUUACCAUGGCUAUCACUAUACCUAUGUGAAUAGCACUUGGGUACUAGUAACCUAUCAACUGUUUUCUGGCUGGUUUUAAAGUAGCAAAACUAAAAACGCUGCAGGAUCAUCACCAUGCAAAUGCUAUUGUGGAUUUAAGUUCUCAUUUAUACCAACUCUUUGGUUAUUACCAUUGUGUAUUGGGGCUAUGUGCUUGUUUAUAACCUCAGGAACAUUACUUUGUCGUAGGAUGUGACAUCUUUUGUGUAAUGGCAAUACGUUUGCUAUAGGUUCUUUUGAUAAAAUAAAAAAUUAGGUUUUUUUUCUUUUGUA